GGGUCACCAUGAUUAGCCUUUUAAUAAGCUCCCCCUUUUUGUGCACAAGCCCUUAAAUGACAUAUCUAAAUAAAGGGUUCUUGAACCCAUUUGAUUACUGUAAUGAUCCUGGUCUCUCCUGAAACCUGGUCUCUCUUUGUAGUCAGAGAGUCAGAAUUAGUGUAGAGGCAUAAACAUGCUAAAACGGUUACACAAAACUAUGUUCUUUUUUCUGACUUUUUUCAAAAUGUUGCGUUUUUCUUGUAAAAUGCCUCUUCAGGACUGUAUAAAUCCUUCAAUCAAUCUGAGAGGGAAAACCUCACUUUUUGGUUGGACUGCUUACAACUCAUCUCUAAGGCAUCUACAUCUGCAUUUAACAUGUAUUAGAAGUCUUGCUUAUUAAAAUGGAUUUUAAUGCAUUAAAGAAGAUUUAAACAAACUACAAAAAGGGUUCUACAUAAUAUAGGACUUAAUACAGUGGACUUAGAAAAUUGAGAAAUAUACAUACUGGCAUUUGGGAGGGACUAUUUGUCUAUAAAUACUGCACCACUCUUGCAAAACAUAUCUGUGUCUGUAUGUCUGUUGAGUGUACUGUAUAUUUAAAUUUAAGUAACAUUAUGGUUACUAUGAGUUCAACACGACCUUAGUUCAGAAAGCCUGCAGAGUGAUGUUGAAGCCAGACAAAUUAAACACCAGCUCCCAGAGCUCAUUUUCAGAUUCCAGGGGAAAGAUAUGAGAAAAAAGGAGAGAGAAACAUAAUAAUUGUUUUUACACAGCUAUUAGAUAUGGAGUUUCUGCAACCACAGAGUGGUUUUCUUGAUUCCUCUCAAGCCCCCCGGGUAUCACUAUCUGACAAGUGUUUUCUGAGCCUUCAGCAGUUACUGUGGUCCCCUGCACAAGCUCACACACAAGCGAGUCUGGAGGAAACGCAGAGAGGUAGGUUGAACUGCAGUCUCCGCUUCCCCACGAGGUGGUGGGCCCCGUCCAGCAGCAAACAGAGACACUGAGCUAUUUCACAUGUGAAUAGUCUGAUGCCAUGUUGGGUUCUCUGCUCAUUUAUCAACAGUAUACAAUAUGUGAGCGUGUGGGUGGAUUUGCUGUCCUGUGUCUCCUGUCUGAUUUGAUUUGUGUCCUUCAGUAUUCAUGUUUUAUUUUUUUCUCCCACUGACCUCCUGUUUGAGUAGCCAUUUGAUAUGUCUGACCCCAACACAUAACCUAAAGGGAAUAUUAGUCAGUGAUAAUUAUACAGAAAUGUACCUCAGCGCAGUCAGAACAUUUACAGUUCUGCAUAAUAACCGUGUAAUAUUUUCCAGAGAACAUCAAGGUAUAAGGCAGAGAAGCAAUCACAAUUUCUUUUUCAGCCUGGGCCUGGCGUUGACAUGCUUUUUUCUCACUGUAUCUGAUCUGGUGUUUGGUUGACUUUUGUUUCUGCAGAGCAAGAGAGUAAAAGGAAUGAGCUGCUCAGUAUUGUCCAUUUCCUCUUUUAUAUGUCACUUCAGGUUGUCUAUUUGAAGGAUAGUAGUGGGGCCUUGUAACAUCAUAUGGUGUUGAAUGGAACCAUUUCUCAUGUUGAUAAUGUUUCCAGAUGAAAACACUUUAAAUUAAAGAGAGAGCAGUCCAAGCAGCUCUGGACAAAUCUAGAAAAACUGGAUCAGCCAUGGGGCGGUUACUUUCUUGUACCAAAUAUUGCUCUUGCAACAACAAUAUGAACCUUUAUCAUUCUAAUCCCCAGUAAUGAAUUUUGAACUGUUUGAACCAAUGUGGAUGUGCUACAAUUCCCUCUAUUGAGAACCACAAUAACUGCAGAUAGCGAUCUCACAUGCUCCGCAAACUAUACAUCAACAAUCUGGGUGCUAUUAAACCCAAGUGAAAAGGAUGGGAUGGUGUUUAUUGUUAUCUGUUUUCAAAGCCCUUAUAAGAGGAGCUUAAGACAGAUUGUGGAAAUCCAUUAAUUCUCUGGGAAAAAAAGGUGUAUUGCCUUGUAUGAAAUCACAGGAUUUGUUGGGGGGGGGGACGACUUUAACCUGUAAUAGCUUUACCUCAGCUGUGCACAUUGUCAGAGAAGUGAGACUGAAAGACUGCAGCACACAGAUAAGACACAUGAUGCAUGAUUGCGAAUACACACACUACAGUUUGUGAAUUUACUCUUGCCAUUUGUGUUUAUCUGUAAUACAUACAAAUCUAUUAGUGUCACCACAUACGUCACUGGCAAGGUGAGUCAUUCAUUCAUCUGUAACUGCCUAAUGACUGUGUGCAAUUAGUAUGCGUUGUUGUUGUCAGUGCCGCCUCAACUUGUCGUUCACUGAACAUAUCUACUAAUUUGCACAAGAUCAUUUGCUGAUAAAGCUAAAUAGGAAAGUGACAUUAUGAAAUACAUUUAAGAGCUAAUCCUCAAAUUCGGCAUACACAAGUCUCUGGCCACACCAAAAAAAAACGUUCAUCUUUAAAUCCAGGUUUCUAAUACCAAGCAAUCCCCUUUUCUCUAAAACCUCAACAAUAAGGAUCUUAGGAGCUCUCCACUUCUCAUUUUAUGCAGUGAAAUCUGAUUUCUUUUGGAGAAAGGAAUGAGGCAAGAUUAACUGAAUCUGCUGUCCUCCCUAACCUCUUCACAAAACUGCCCAGAUUAGCUAGGAAUUAAGUUUCAACCGUUUUAUGUGUCUGGUCCAUAGGGGGGAUUAUAGUUUUACUAUUUUUUUUUUUUUGCCUCCCAAUUUCACUAUAAGGGCCUGGCACGCUGUUGUAGAGAGAGGAGAAGCAGAAAAGCAGCUGAGCCUGAACUAUCGAAAAGUGUUGCGUGUCAAUAUCCCGCCAUCAUCACUGCUUGUGUUUUAUUGGGAUUUCUUUGGAGAUGGAGAGACUGAUCGGGAUGGAGAGACAAAAGUUUCCUUUCACUAUUGAAAACAUACUGAGCAAAUAUCCAAACAGUAAUGAAGACAGACGGCCAUGUGGAACAAGUGGACUAAAAGAGAAGGCAGUGAGUCCUGUUGGAGGCCAGACGGAGACCGUACAUCGUGCCUGCUUGUGCUGCUGCUACUGCUCCCACUGUGGAGACAUCUUCCAGACUGAUUUCAUUCAUGAAGAUCUCCUCCCUGCAGCCUGUCAGUACGGAUGGCCCCCGGCGAUGCUCACAGACCCAUGCGGGCUCGGGGACGCUCACAGGGGGGAGCAGUCGCCCGGUCAGAGGCGAACCAGACGUCACCGCACUAUUUUCACAGAGGAGCAGCUGGACGCACUGGAGGAGCUGUUCCUGCAGAACCAGUAUCCAGAUGUGAACACAAGGGAGAAACUAGCACAGAACACUCACUUAAGAGAAGAGAGAGUAGAGGUUUGGUUUAAAAACCGAAGAGCAAAGUGGAGGCGUCAAAAAAGACUCUCGUUUGGUGUGGGAAACACAGAAAACUAAAUUUGUACAAUACCACAGCAUUGAAAAAAGAAGAGAGCCUUGUGUGUGUGUGUGUGCGCGCGCGUGUGUGUGCGUGCGCAUGAGUUGCAUCAAGUUUUUUUUUUUUUUUUUUGCAUUUGUUAUCAAACAUAAAAGUCAGACAAAACCUUUUUUCCAGAAAAUAGACAAACUGUCAGUCAAGUCAUGUGACUGUGGACAGUUUUGUAGCCUGUUUGUGAAUCUGGUUGGUUGAGUGCAUCAUAGAAGGACUCACUGUAAGUAAAUGCUAAUACUAAUCUUGAAUCUGUAAAUGGAUUGUUAUAGUUUGCACUGGUUGUGAAUAAAGUGUCCUUGAGAACAAAUAAAGUUGUUUUGAGAGAG